AUGCAGGUGGCGAUGAGUGUGAAGAGUGAGGGCAGACCUGAAGGGAGCAUGGGAUGGAAGGGUGUGGCAUGGGAUGGAAGGGUGUGGCAUGGGAUGGAAGGGUGUGGCAUGGGAUGGAAGGGUGUGGCAUGGGAUGGAAGGGUGUGGCAUGGGAUUCACAGAGGGAAGAGCAGUGAUGUGAGCGAGGGAUGGGCUGUGGUGGUGGCGCAGAUGGGCUGUGCUGGUGGCGCAGAUGGGCUGUGGUGGUGGCGCAGAUGGGCUGUGGUGGUGGCGCAGAUGGGCUGUGGUGGUGGCGCAGAUGGGCUGUGCUGGUGGCGCAGAUGGGCUGUGCUGGUGGCGCAGAUGGGCUGUGCAGGUGGCGCAGAUGGGCUGUGCUGGUGGCGCAGACGGGCUGUGCUGGUGGCGCAGAUGGGCUGUGCUGGUGGCGCAGAUGGGCUGUGCUGGUGGCGCAGAUGGGCUGUGCUGGUGGUGCAGAUGGGCUGUGCUGGUGGCGCAGAUGGGCUGUGCUGGUGGCGCAGAUGGGCUGUGGUGGUGUCGCAGAUGGGCUGUGCUGGUGGCGCGGAUGGGCUGUGCUGGUGGUGCAGAUGGGCUGUGCUGGUGGCGCAGAUGGGCUGUGCUGGUGGCGCAGAUGGGCUGUGCUGGUGGCGCAGAUGGGCUGUGCUGGUGGCGCAGAUGGGCUGUGCUGGUGGCGCAGACGGGCUGAGCUGGUUGCGCAGAUGGGCUGUGGUGGUGGCGCAGAUGGGCUGUGCUGGUGGCGCAGAUGGGCUGUGCUGGUGGCGCAGAUGGGCUGUGGUGGUGGCGCAGAUGGGCUGUGGUGGUGGCGCAGAUGGGCUGUGGUGGUGGCGCAGAUGGGCUGUGCUGGUGGCGCAGAUGGGCUGUGGUGGUGGCGCAGAUGGGCUGUGCUGGUGGCGCAGAUGGGCUGUGCUGGUGGCGCAGAUGGGCUGUGCUGGUGGCGCAGAUGGGCUGUGCUGGUGGCGCAGAUGGGCUGUGCUGGUGGCGCAGAUGGGCUGUGCAGGUGGCGCAGAUGGGCUGUGCUGGUGGCGCAGAUGGGCUGUGGUGGUGGCGCAGAUGGGCUGUGGUGGUGGCGCAGAUGGGCUGUGCUGGUGGCGCAGAUGGGCUGUGCUGGUGGCGCAGAUGGGCUGUGCUGGUGGCGCAGAUGGGCUGUGCAGGUGGCGCAGAUGGGCUGUGCUGGUGGCGCAGACGGGCUGUGCUGGUGGCGCAGAUGGGCUGUGCUGGUGGCGCAGACGGGCUGUGCUGGUGGCGCAGAUGGGCUGUGCUGGUGGCGCAGAUGGGCUGUGCUGGUGGCGCAGAUGGGCUGUGCAGGUGGCGCAGAUGGGCUGUGGUGGUGGCGCAGAUGGGCUGUGCUGGUGGCGCAGAUGGGCUGUGCUGGUGGCGCAGAUGGGCUGUGCUGGUGGCGCAGAUGGGCUGUGGUGGUGGUGCAGAUGGGCUGUGGUGGUGGCGCAGAUGGGCUGUGCUGGUGGCGCAGAUGGGCUGUGGUGGUGGCGCAGAUGGGCUGUGCUGGUGGCGCAGAUGGGCUGUGCUGGUGGCGCAGAUGGGCUGUGCUGGUGGCGCAGAUGGGCUGUGCUGGUGGCGCAGAUGGGCUGUGCUGGUGGCGCAGAUGGGCUGUGGUGGUGGCGCAGAUGGGCUGUGCUGGUGGCGCAGAUGGGCUGUGCUGGUGGCGCAGAUGGGCUGUGGUGGUGGCGCAGAUGGGCUGUGCUGGUGGCGCAGAUGGGCUGUGCUGGUGGCGCAGAUGGGCUGUGCUGGUGGCGCAGAUGGGCUGUGCUGGUGGCGCAGAUGGGCUGUGGUGGUGGCGCAGAUGGGCUGUGCUGGUGGCGCAGAUGGGCUGUGCUGGUGGCGCAGAUGGGCUGUGCUGGUGGCGCAGAUGGGCUGUGCUGGUGGCAACGCCUGUGA